AUGAACUCUCAAACAAAUUUUAAAAUACCAGCGGGAUAUAAGACAGCAGUAAUAAAUUAUGGAUCAAUAGCAACAAUGUUAACACCAGAAGAAAAAAUAAAUGAAAUAACACAUAAAUGGGAGGUGUAUGUUAAUGCACCAGAAGGAUUUAUAAAAAGUGUUACAUACAGACUUCAUGAAACGUUUGUUAAUCCGGUUGUAACAAUCACUAAAAAGCCAUUUAUGAUACAACAGUUAGGCUGGGGAGAGUUUACAAUACAAAUAAAGGUUACAUUAUUUAAUAAUGAUAAGUUACACUUUUCACAUUUUCUUAAGUUACAUGGACCAACUAAUGUUGUAAAAUCAGAUAAAAUAGACACAGUUUUUUAUAGAGGACAGUUUAACUUUCCAGAUCAACAGGAAAUAUUUGAUGAUUCAGAUGAAUUUUACAGAAUUGAAAAAGCAAUUGAUAAAACAAUAGAAGAAUUAGAAAGACUUGAAGAACAAUAA